UCGGCCGGCCCCCGCGCCCAGGCGGCUGCUCCCUGCUGACUGGGGUGUGGGCGGGAGCGGCGGAGGGAGGAGGAGGCGCUGCUUGCCGCCGCUGUUGCCUCCGCUGCUGGGCGCCGGGGCAGCUCCCCAGGUACUUGCGGCCGCCAUGGACGAGCAGGCGGGUCCCGGCGUCUUCUUCAGCAACAACCACCCAGGCGCCGGCGGUGCCAAGGGGCUCGGGCCUCUGGCGGAGGCUGCCGCGGCCGGCGACGGGGCGGCCGCGGCGGGGGCGGCCCGAGCCCAGUACAGUCUCCCGGGGAUCCUGCACUUCCUGCAGCACGAGUGGGCCCGCUUCGAGGUGGAGAGAGCCCAGUGGGAGGUGGAGCGGGCGGAGCUGCAGGCCCAGAUUGCCUUCCUACAGGGAGAAAGGAAGGGCCAAGAAAAUUUGAAGAAGGAUCUUGUGAGGAGGAUCAAAAUGUUGGAGUAUGCUCUUAAACAGGAAAGAGCCAAAUACCACAAGUUGAAAUACGGGACAGAAUUGAAUCAGGGAGAUAUGAAGCCUCCAAGCUAUGAUUCUGAUGAAGGUAAUGAAACAGAAGUGCAGCCACAACAAAACAGCCAGUUAAUGUGGAAACAAGGUCGACAACUACUCAGACAGUAUCUACAGGAGGUGGGUUAUACAGAUACUAUUCUAGAUGUGAAAUCUAAACGAGUGCGAGCUUUGUUGGGCUUUUCAAGUGAUGUCACGGACAGGGAAGAUGACAAAAAUCAGGACUCAGUUGUAAAUGGCACAGAGGCUGAAGUUAAAGAGACAGCAAUGAUUGGAAAAUCUGAGUUAACAGAUUCUGCCUCCGUGCUGGAUAAUUUCAAAUUCCUUGAAAGUGCAGCUGCAGAUUUCAGUGAUGAAGAUGAAGAUGAUGACGUUGAUGGAAGAGAGAAAAGCAUCAUUGAUACUUCAACAAUUGUUAGGAAAAAAGCAUUGCCUGACAGCGGUGAAGAUCGAGAUACAAAAGAAGCUCUAAAGGAGUUUGACUUCUUGGUUACAUCAGAGGAAGGAGACAAUGAAUCUAGAAGUGCAGGCGAUGGAACAGACUGGGAAAAGGAAGACCAAUGUCUCAUGCCUGAAGCCUGGAAUGUGGACCAGGGAGUAAUUACCAAACUCAAGGAACAAUACAAAAAGGAGAGAAAGGGGAAAAAGGGGGUGAAGAGAAAAACUACUGAAGAUCUGUUUCAGCCUCUAUCCUAUAUAAAACAGUCAAAACAGGGAUGUGGGAGAAUGAAGAAUCAAAGUUUAGGGCCCAAUAGGUCAAAACUACAAGAUAUGCUUGCUAAUUUGAGAGAUGUUGAUGAACUUCCUUCAUUGCAGCCAUCUGUGGGUUCACCUUCCAGACCCAGCAGCUCCAGGCUUCCUGAACAUGAAAUUAAUAGGGCAGAUGAAGUGGAAGCAUUGACAUUUCCUCCUUCUUCUGGAAAGUCAUUCAUCAUGGGAGCAGAUGAAGCCCUUGAAAGUGAACUGGGACUUGGAGAACUAGCAGGCCUUACGGUGGCCAAUGAAGCAGACUCACUAACUUACGAUAUAGCAAACAAUAAAGAUGCAUUGAGGAAGACAUGGAACCCUAAGUUUACAUUGAGAAGUCACUUUGAUGGCAUCCGAGCCCUUGCUUUCCAUCCCAUUGAGCCUGUUUUGAUAACAGCAUCAGAGGAUCACACAUUAAAAAUGUGGAAUUUACAGAAAACAGCCCCAGCCAAAAAGAGCACUUCUCUUGAUGUAGAACCUAUCUAUACAUUCAGAGCCCAUAAAGGUCCAGUGCUUUGUGUGGUAAUGAGCAGCAAUGGUGAGCAGUGUUACAGUGGUGGUACUGAUGGACUGAUCCAGGGCUGGAAUACCACUAAUCCCAACAUCGACCCCUAUGAUUCUUAUGAUCCUUCUGUUUUACGAGGCCCUCUGCUAGGCCACACGGAUGCAGUCUGGGGUUUGGCUUAUAGUGCAGCACAUCAGCGUUUGUUGUCCUGUUCAGCAGAUGGCACUCUGCGUUUGUGGAAUACAACUGAGGUUGCUCCAGCACUAAGUGUAUUUAAUGAUACUAAAGAAUUGGGAAUCCCUGCCUCUGUGGAUCUAGUGAGCAGUGACCCGAGCCAUAUGGUAGCAUCAUUCAGCAAGGGAUAUACAAGCAUCUUUAACAUGGAAACACAACAACGCAUUCUCACUUUAGAAUCCAAUGUAGAUACAACAGCCAACUCUUCCUGCCAAAUAAAUAGAGUCAUCAGUCAUCCUACUCUUCCGAUCAGCAUCACUGCUCAUGAAGACAGGCACAUCAAAUUCUAUGAUAACAAUACAGGCAAACUGAUCCACUCGAUGGUAGCCCACCUAGAAGCUGUUACAAGUUUAGCAGUUGAUCCUAAUGGCCUUUACUUGAUGUCUGGCAGUCAUGACUGUUCAAUACGUUUAUGGAAUCUAGAAAGUAAGACGUGUAUCCAAGAAUUCACAGCUCAUCGAAAAAAGUUUGAAGAAUCGAUUCAUGAUGUAGCUUUCCACCCAUCCAAAUGCUAUAUAGCCAGUGCUGGAGCUGACGCACUGGCUAAAGUCUUUGUAUGACGCAAUGCAUCAUCUUCACCUUCUAGCUGUUUGUAAGUAAUCAACUGCACAAAAGAGAUACAGAAGAUGAGGGCAAGCAUCUCAUCCUGCCCUUUUGUUCUGCUGAAGGAGCACAGAGAACAUUUGUUGAAGUAUAGUUUUGCAAUUCAUAUACUGUUUUCUAAAACUAAGGUUUGUUCAGGUUGCUGCAAGCUCAGCUGAAUCUGUGAGCCUGAGGUCUGUUUCAAAUUUCCCCCCAGUAGGCGCCUUUAUUUCUGAGGUUGUUCUAAUUCGCUAGGCAGGCCUGAGCGAAUACAAGUUUAGCUUGCCCCUGUUGAGUAAGUAGGAUAUGCUACAAUGGAUAAUUUAAAAGCUUGAUAGCUGGGACUGAAUAGAAGAAAACGGGAAACUUAGACCAAGUUCUCCCCUGAGAAAUCUUGUUAAACACAUUAAGUAGUCAAAAUAGUAAUCUUUAUCAUAUCUGCCAUAUUAACCCCUUUGUAUAUAAUGACCAGGCAGUGUUAAACUGAGUUUUUAAUUUGGCUCUCCUUUCAGCUGUUCACAUAAAGCACCUGGCAAAGCAUUUUACCUGUUAGGGGGAGAAAAAUGCAAUAAUAUGUUAAAUAUAUUAUUAUUCAGAAAUGCUAAACAAAUAGUUUGCAAGCAGAUUUCUAUAUUGUAUUACAGUUUUGAAAAUAGAUUUGGUAUCAUUCUAAAGUUUAGCUAUCAAGCACUCACCAUUGUGAAGAAUAGUUGAUCGAUUCUGCUUUUACUAACAGAUUUAACUUACUCGGGUUUGAAAUUCUGUUUAUUUUUAAGGGUUAACAGGGCAUAUCUCUUUAAUAAUUUCUAUUUUAAAAUUCACUUUAUUCAUGUGACAUUUAUAUUACCAGAGUGAUUAUUUCAUACCAAUGAAAUCCUACUUUUCAGUGACUGAAAAGAUAGAAUUUAUUUGCUAAUAAUCGUUUAUCAACACCCACCUAAUCAUGCUUCAGAUGGUCUGUGCUCUUUCUUCUUUGUCACGUUCAAGUUAUCUGACAUCUACCAAGAACAGUUCAUAAUUAUUAAGAGUCCAAAGAGUAUGGUUAACUUCACGCAGCUGCUUUUGCAGAAGUACUAAUAAAAACAAAUAUUUUGUACCCUAGAAGUCCUCUAUUAAUCUCUGUAAGAAUCUCCUGGAAACCUGGAUGAAAGAGUUUAAUGCCAAAUAUUGGCUAAAAAGUUCUUUCUCUCUCCCUAUUCCUCCCCCAUUGUUUAAUUGAGAUAUACAUGUUUUAAUGGGUAGUGUAUCAGUAUUGUUUCUGGGGAAAUCCACACCUUAAAAGGCCAGGCUUUCCCAGCCCAACUUACCUGUGACCCACCUACAUGUGGUCAGCUUUUGGGAUUCUGAGGACCCCACUAUCUAGACCUAGCCCCUGUCAUACAGACCUUAUUUCUAUAGCAGUUAUGUCUCUCUUACUCUUCUUUGUCCCAAAUGACAGAGACCAAUCUAGAAAUUGGAAAUAAAUUGUUAACGUCCAACUUGCCACCAAAAAAUAUAUAAAUAGGCUCUUAGAUUUUAAAAAUAUUAAAUCUAUAAAUAUUUUAACCAAUUAAAACAAUUUCUACAUAUUCCAUUCCCCACAUUUUCCAUUGUCAUAACAAUGAUGCUUCUCAUGAUAUGUACAUCUACUCCUUGAAAAAGUAUUCUGAUGGUGAUGUGGCUAAUGAUUGACAAUAUUUCUGUAAAAUUUAUCUUGUUUGCCUCUAGAAUUCUGCAUUAUACAGGCAAAUUUUCUUUAAAGCUAAAGACCUGUGCUAAAUUUGCCCGAUUUUCAUACAGAUAUGCUGUAGUAACACAGCUACCUUUUCAUUUCAUCUUCGUGCUUUGGUUAACAAGCAGGCUCAAGAGACUCCUUGGUGUAAUUAAAUGAAUUGACCUAAACAUGAGCUAUCAGGUGAAUACUUAAUAUUUCCAUGCAGAUACAGAAUUACAUAUUGUGUUCAGUAAAUUUCUUCUGGUUCUUCACAGUGAAGAAAGAAUGUUUCUAACCUAACAUUUGUAGAAGGAUACUGGAAAAUUCCUUCCAGGAAGGAAGGAAGGAAGAUGCCAUUACUUAGUGUAUUUAUGAUAGAUGACCACAAAGCUAUUGUUCUACCAGUUAUUGUUUUAAUUACCUUCGAAGAUCUUCAGUACCUGCUUUAUUAAUGUCGCUGAAAUUCUAAAAACCAAGACAUUCUUCCCCUGUUCAUUUUAUGCUUCAUGGUUGAAAUUUUUCUGUCAGUGAGUGGAAAAUAACCAUGAGAUACAUAGACUGUAGUGCAAAUGAAACUGUUGAAAUUUCCUUAGAAAGCCAGUGCUGUGGCGGCCGGGCGCGGUGGCUCACGCUUGUAAUCCCAGCACUUUGGGAGGCCGAGGCGGGCGGAUCACGAGGUCAGGAGAUCGAGACCACGGUGAAACGCCAUCUCUACUAAAAAAUACAAAAAAUUAGCCGGGCGCGGUGGCGGGUGCCUGUAGUCCCAGCUACUCGGAGGCUGAGGCAGGAGAAUGGCGUGAACCCGGGAGGCGGAGCUUGCAGUGAGCCGAGAUUGCGCCACUGCACUCCAGCCCGGGCGACAGAGCGAGACUCUGUCUCAAAAAAAAAAAAAAAAAAAAAAAAAAAGAAAGCCAGUGCUGUGGCACUGGAGACUACAGAGAGAGUCUUCUCUACCAGCACUGCAUGAUCUCAGCCUAGAAAUGAGCCAAAGCUGUCUUCCAACCAGAGUAGCAUAUACAUGUGUCUGGCUUUUCCCCUAGCCUGUUGAACAUUCAAUGAAAAUUCACAGAAUGAACAAAUUCAAUGUUUAAACAGCCAUUGAAAUGCUUUCAUAGAGCUUCAUUUGUAAAUAUUUUGUUUGAAAUGUAUUGGAAUAGUAUGAAAAUUAGCAGGAGGUUUGGAUCCCUGCCUUAUUUUCAUAUGCUAUGGAUACAUCUCUGGGAGCUUGCAGCACCCUUCUCAAAACUCAACUGUCAUAUGGAGCUCAUUUGCUACUCAAACCAUAGACAGAUUAUUUAACAAAAGUGAUAUAAUGACCUUCAGUAUUUUUCUAUUGAACAAGUUUAACAACUUUUGCCAUUAAACAAAUAGUUAUGCAAAGUAUUUCGCUUUUAUAAUGAUUUUAGUUAUGACUAAAAGGGGGGAAAUUGAGCUGCAUCACUGAUGAUGAACUUUGUGAGACAUUUUUUUUUUAAUCUGACUUUCAUUCCUUCAGUAUUCUUGCUAUAAAUUUCUUUUGGAGAUAAUGAUGAAGAUUUAUUUGAAAAUGUCUAAAAUGUAUGUAUAUUUUAUAAAUAUAUAUUAUAUAUAUUGUAAGAAUAUAUAUAAUAUAUAAACUAUAUAUAUAUAUAUAUAAAAAACCAUAGGUGCAUUUUACUGUUUUGUAUUUUCAUUUUUGGAGGUAGUAUACACAGCAGAUAAUGAUGAGUAUGAUGAGUGUUGUGCUGUUUGCUUUUGCAGUAUAAUAUAUAGUUCUAAAUGUUUAAAUUACUGUAUAUACAAUAUUCAUUAUAGGCUAGCAUGCUUGUUUUAAAGACUGUCGUUCUAGUGUAUUAAAAUCUGAAUGUAAGAAAACCUGGCUAUUCAAAUGUGAAUUGAAAAAUAUUUUAUUCUCAGUACUGAACUAUUUCCAUUGAACAUUCAGGCUUUUUAACAAAAACAAAUAUCAUCAAGAAGGCAAUAGCUAGAAAAUGAGAGGUGCCUUUAAAAAAGAAAAUGCAGCCUUACAGUGAGGAUGAAGAUUGAGUUUGGGGAGGGGGUGGGAGGGGGGGCACAGAGAGAGAGAGUUAGUGUGUGUGUGUGCGCAUGCAUGCGUGUGUGUGUGUGUGUGUGUGUGUGUGUAUUUACCAAUCUGUGAAGGUCCUGAUUUGUGACCAUCAAUGUCUUUUUAAUGUAUCUGCUCAACUUCUAGGACUUCAGGGGACAUUUCAUGCGCUUUGUGCUCUUCUGAGCACCAUAUAUACUUUCCAAGAAUUUUGAAUGUGAAUUCCUAGAAAUUUCGGUAGAGAAAACAAUAGCUAUUCUUUAAUUAUAGUCAAGUUCAGGUAGAAGGAGAAAUUAUUUGUUCACCAUAAUUAUGGGAUCUCAUUAGUGUUGGCUAAGUAAAUGUAAUUUUUCAAAGGCUCACUUUUUAAUACUUCAUAUAUUUCCCUCUUACAAAACAGCAUGUCAUGAAGUUCUUAUGUGGUAAAGAUUCAACUAGUAAAUAUUUUUAGGUUAAAUACCUGAACUAGUUAAAAUUCCACCUAAGAAUAGUCUUAAAAUACUUAAAUGGCAUCUCUCAUAUCUACCUCUUUGUCAUUGCUGCCAUUUUAACUGAAGCAAAUCUUUAUGACAUCUGAAAUGAUGGUUGGAUGCAAUUAAAAAAAAUCUAUGUUGGUGCUUUUCUCAGGCUUUGUCAUUUAAGUUAUAUUGUAUUAAGAUGUCACAAAUCAGAUUGAAAGGCUUAGAAUUAAUUUUGUUUUUCUUUGAAAGAAUUGCUUAAAAUUAACCAUCAAUGUUUUUAGUGAGUGGAGAUAAUGAAUCUUUGGUUGGUGUAUGUCUGUGUGAUAUUUUCAACCAAUAGCCAAAUAAUUAUUGAACUUACAUGAAAAAGAGUUCUAAGUAUAAUUUUAUUCAGGUUACUUUAUUCUUUGAAAGUGACUACAAGACUAUUAAGUACAUAAUCAUUCAUUUUAUUUACUCAGAAGUUGCUUCUCCAUUACUGUUAACUUGUUUAGUAAUUUAUAUAAUUGCAGUACUUUAAGUGUUGGACACUGGGAUUCAGGUUGUACAAAGUAGUAGCUGACAAAAAAUAUGUAUAUUUUUGUGAAAUGUAUCAAACCCUAAAGUUCAUUUUAGAGAAAGGCCCAGAAAACGUAUCUGUGUUUAAAAACAAAGGACAAGUCAUUCGUCAAUAAUUUGAAUCGUUUUUACUUUUGCCACUACAAAUUUUUAGUUGGCAAUAUCCAUCAUCCAACUGGAUCUUCAUGUCAGUGUAAGGGAUGCCAGGCUGACAAAGUAUUUAACAGAUCCUUUCAGUUUUUGUUUUGUUUUGUUUUUUUAAUUCUAAAAAAAACCAAAUGUUAGGCCAAACAGAUCCCUAGAUCCCAGUCAUUGAUUCUGGCAGUAUUCCUAAAGUGGUGCUUAGGGGGUCAGAAUUUUCUGGAUCUUUGCUAAUCCAAGCUUUAGAUUUAAUUUAACCAGGACCACAUGCUUGUCAUCUCUCUGAUGCAAAUUUUCAAAAUCAUUUUAAUUUAGAUUCUAAUGUCUGCCUGGGUUUUUAACAGGCUGUGAACCAGUGAGUGCCUUGUUAAUGCAGAAUGAUUUUUUCCCCCCUGGGUGGGUGUUAGUUAGCUCCUCUCUGAAAAUGUCUCAGAGAAUGGUAUUUUAAUUGACUUGUAGAGAGCUGCUAAAUUUGUUAUUAUCAACAAUCAGAAAGUCUUUGGUCUACUACACAUCUCCCUCCCUGCUAUCUCUUCAUUGUUUGGCUGAAGUUUGCCUCUUGUGAGAAAACAAUACAACUCCCCUUCUCCACACACUUUUUUUCCAGCCCAGAUUAAUAGGUAUCCCCUACCCUCAUCCCAACUUUAUGAUCUAAUACCUGUUUUUAGGAGGAACCACUUCUAUUUAAUAUUGAAAUCUGCUGGUUACUGUAUGUUUUCUCAAGUUCAGUUGACUAGAGCUGACCACAGGGUGUCAUCAAUUCAGGUUCCUAAAGAACCCUUUCUCUCCACACCCAGUCCUCCAGCUGGUGAGCCCUGGGCCAGAUUGUUUGAUCUUCAGGUAUUUUACAUUUUAGUUACAUCAAUUAAUGUAAAUUAAUCCAAAUGCUAAUUUUUGUGGUGCAAGAAGUUUCUUAUGUAAAUUCAGGGUAUGGAUAAGCUAAUUAAGAUAUCCUUCUUUGGUGGCUCUAAGUGUAUUAUUUGUUUUUAAAUAAAGUGUACAAAUAUAGAUAACGUGCUGUAGGUGUCUCAUGAAUUGGAAUAUUUGUCAGAUUUGGGAUCUAGCUGUCGCUUUACAGUGAAUCAGUUAAAUUAACAUAGUCUGAUUUGGGGCUUUUGGGGGAGGAGUUUUAGAGGGGUGCAGAGAAAAGGAUAUUAGACAAAGUAUAUGUGAGUCCAAAAUUAAUGAACCAGUCUUAAUUACUGAUUGUGAGGAAGGAGGAGAAGUUUAUAGAGAAUUUGGGCCUCUGAAAAGCCAAAUUAAAAUACCUUCUAGGAUUGGGUCAGUGAUACUUUCAGAGACAUAUGUUUAAUGAAUAGGUUUUAUGUUUUUCAGAUGUUCAGUUUAAAUGGCUUUUAAAAUUUAUACACAUAUAUAAAUACAAUGUUUUUAUUUUUUCUUUGGCUACUUAACAGACACACACAAACCUUCCACACCCCCUGCCCCUUCAAAUCAACAUUAUUUUUCAAGGCCUUUGGCCUGCCCAGAACUCACAGUCUCUUUUUUCCAAUCUAGAUCCACAAUACAAUAUGAAAUUUAAAAGGCAUCUCUUCUGGUAUCCUUGAAACUAUCCACCAUUGUUUGGUGUUCUGUAUGCUGGUAUACUAAUGAGUAUUGUAUCCUUUGGUAUGUACACACAUUUUCAGUAGUGUUGGAAACACCUCUUCUAUCUUUUUAAUGAGAACUGAGACAUGAUUAGCUUGAGUAAUUUUGGAGUAAUCUAUCUCAGGAGGUCAUUAAGACUCCAAAAAUUAUUCAUGAACCCCCUGGGGUCAGCCUAAGAUUGCCAGGUAGUAUUCUGACCUCUGGUUUCCCAAGAUAACUGAUGUUUUGCAGGGUCCCAGCAUUGUCCUGGCACAUAAAAUAUUCCCAGAACACCUGGGGAGUCAAGCAUACCUUUUAACCUAAACAUUAUAAUCAUGGAGCAUCCCUCUGCCUGUUACUUCUCAGGAUGACCAGAACACUCCAGUUCUCUAAGGAAGCACUGACAUACGGCUCUGCAACUCUGAAAAUUAGAGUCCGUUUUCUGAAACACAAAUUUUAACUCAGUAAGUUUUGUAUACCAAACAAUUCAAAAUCCACCAAACAUAAAAUGACUCACUUCUAUCACUCAAACCCUACAAAACCUAACCCAUUCCUUUUUCCUAAUUGAUAUUUCACUAAAGGUAAUGGUGAUUUCAGUUAGAUUGGAAGUCAUUAUUUGGGUGAGCAAAGUCUGCAAUAACCUACUGAUAGGAAGGAGCUGUUUCAUAGAAAAGUAUCUUGUCCUUGGUAAUUUAGCCAUUCACCUUACAUGAAGACUGGUCCAGAUGCCAGCUCCACAUUGACUUUUUCUGUGUACCUCUAGAUAAUUAACCCAGUGAUGUGAAGGAGAGCCCACAGUAAAACAUCUGUUAAACAGCACUUGGAGUACUAUAGUAUUAUUAAUUUAUGUGCUGUAAUUUCUUGACCGUCAUAAGAUCUAGUGUAUGUACCAGGUUCCCAAUUUAUUGCCUCAAACAAAAGAUUUUUAAAAAUUCUAAUAACAUCAUCAAAUUAAUGGUAAUGGUAGGGAAACCCAUCAUCCACAAUUAAGUAUGCCCAAACUGAAAACUUUAAGAAAAAAAGCACAUGGAAAGCAACAUCUUACAUUAAUCGUGAGUUGUAGAAAUAAACAGCUUGUGGUUUGUAUAUGUGCUGAAAUGUUAAAGUAUACUGGCAUCCAACUACUUCCCUUUGGAAAUGGGACCAAGACAGUAAUUUUUCAUGCAUAAACAAAAUUAACUUAGAGCAAAAGUAAUUUUAUCAGAAACAGUAUAUUUUGGGUGCUGGAUAACUUGGGUGGGAGUGUGGGGAAAGAAGUACCUUACCAAAAAGGAGAAGCAACUGGCCCUGUGGCCUGAGCCACAUUGUCUUCCAUUUCAACUUCAGUGGGCUGGCAAGAUAACCACUUCUGACCUCAAAGAAUGAAUGGUUCCAAUUCUGGCUUGUCAUUGUUAUCUAAAUUAAACAUUUUUAGGAAAUAUAUCAAAAGUAUCCUAGAGCCCCCUGGCAAAGUGUCAGAGGGAAUAGUUUUCAUUAUAUUUUAAGAAGCUGUGAAAACAUAAGCCCAAGUAUUUUGUGUCAUCUGCAUAUGUCAGGAUGAAGACCAGGCAUGUAAGAAAUAUCCUAAAGUAGCCAAGUGAUAAUCUCAUGAAAAAAUAUGAGAAUCGUUUUUACAGAGUGAGUUCUCUUCGGAAUGGUUUUGACUAUGCUUUUAAAAACAUUUUUUAAAUCUACUUAGAUCUUUUUCUAUAGCCCACAUAUUUCAGAAUAUCCUCUUGAUAGAAUAAUAUCACUCAGUAUGAUUUUUAGAAAAAGAAAAACUCAGUGGUCUCAUAUCUUUUGACAGUUGUUUGUGAAUAAUACACUCCCCCACAACCUUUCCAGUACUCAACUGCUGUGUAAGAAUGCUUUCUUAUGUGGUAAAUGUCUCAGUAUUUUGCUGCCUGGUAUUUGUUCAGUUUCCUUGUCUAUAUCAGGGUCAGAAUGAAUCAGGCUUUCUCCCAACUCUGAAACAUUCAGACUUUCUUUUUGGUCAGCCUUUUAACAAGCAAGACAAAUAAACUCCUUUUGUCAGAAUCGAUUUGAUUAAAAAAAAAAAAAAAAGACUAUGCUCCUUACUUCUCAUUGCUGUAGAAUACUUAGGAAUACACAUCUACUAAUUACAAUGAAAAAAUAAGAGAAUCUUUAGAAACAUCAUUGCUUUCUGGAGGUAGAAAUUUUGAACUUGAAGGUUGUAGUUCCAGGCAAUUUUGUGCCCCUGAGGUGUCCAAUUGAUAAUAUAGCUUGCCUCUGCUAAUAAAUACACAAAAGUUUUAUUUCGUGUGAUUUUCAGAAAUUAUCUUUGGAAUACAAAAAUUAAUAAGGAAUACGUGAUGUUUAUCUCCUGCAUUUCAAAAUCUUCUGGAUUUUUUUUGAGGCAUGAGGAGCAGGUAGUGAGAUUUUUUUUCCGAAUAUCUUGAUUCUCUCCCUUAACCCAGAUUUUGCAUAUUAUGCAUUGCUCCUUUGUCACCUACAAAAAUAAAGGUUAAUGAUUAUUUGUUUGCUUCUGUCUAUAUAAGCUCCCUAAGGCACAGACCAUGUUUGUUUUUCUUAUGUUCGUCUUAGCACUGUGCCUGGUGCCUUGCCGUAUAAAAGGUACCCUAUAAAUACUUGUUGGCUGCAUAAUCAGAGAACCCAUUUCAAAAUCUAAAUUAUCCAAAUCAUCAAAGACCAAAACAAAAAAAAAAUCUCUGACAGUUGAUGCUCAAAUGCAUUUGGUUCUGUGGAGCUUAUCCUGAGAUUGAGGUCUGCACCUUGACUGGGGAGGAAUUUGGACUUUACCUCACAGGUGGCAACAAAAUGCCUGAGUAGCAACCUCUUUAUACUGCACAGUUCCAGUCCUGCCUUCAUGAAAACUGAACAGAGCAUGUUGGGGACAGGGAGGUGUCCCUAAACCAUGUUGAUGACCUCCCAUCUAUCCCCGCACCCCCAUAUCUCCUCUGCUCAUCCCCUAUUCCCCACUGGCCUCUGAUCAGUUGAAAGGGAGCUUUUCUAGCCUGGAACCUGAGCCUGCCUUGAUUAUCCUGGCCUCAGAACAGGUCCACUUCCACACUCUUUCCUUGCAACCUACAGAUGGCCCUACUGACUGCUUUUGUCCAGGAGAAAAAGGAACGAACCUCCCAGUGGAAUCUUGUCAGGAAAGGCAUCCCUCUGGGGAGCUUUCUUUGGAGAGGAAAACUCUGGGACAAAGUUCCUCAGGAUGCUCUCAGGCUGGUUUUUGUCUUGAAGAUUUUAUAGUAAUUAUACCAAUGUUUAUUAACUCUCCUAGGAACAUCUCUGUCUUUGGUUUUCUGACAGCACUCCAGCAGGGCCCAGGGCUUUAGCUGAACAGUGCAAUUGUUUUAGGAAUAAAAUAGUCAACAAGUUAGAGACCAACUAUUUAUAUUUAAUAUUCAAAUGAAUUUAAAUCAUUAAAAGAAUCAUCAGGAAAUUACGAAAUACUCAAUGAAUAAUCUCAACAUUAAACAUAUGCCAUGUAAGAACUAUCUGUCAUUAAAAUUACUAAAAACAUGAUUCCUUUAAGAUCAGUUCAACACGGAAGAAAGAGCAGGAAUUUGGCCUGGACAUAGGACAUUUAUUGUCUGUUAGAUUUUAGACAAGCCAACUCUUCUAAAUUGGCUUCUCAUCUAUGAAAUGGGGAUAAUAGAUCUGCCUAAUUAGGUUGAUUUGAGAUAACGGAUGUAAAACACCUAAUAAAAUAAGCAUCCAGCAAAUAACUAUUGUUCACUCUCUGAAUACAGACUUCUGGUCAUGUAGUUCUGUCACACUCCUGAUAGCUUCUAGAACAUCAGGGUUUUAGGAGAAAUAGGUUAAAAUGAACAUCAAGAGUAGCAGAAGACUACUUUCCUUAAUAUUUGAGUGCCAGCUAUAUGCCAGACAGUUCUAGCUGCUGGCAGUCAGCAGUAAACAAAAACUUCACCUGAUGCAGCACAUUCCAGGUGGGGGAACAAGUGAAAUAUAUGGAAUAUUAGUGAUAAGUGCAGAGGAAAAAAAAAAUAGAGCACAGAAGGGGGAUGAUUUGAUGUUUUUCAGGUUAAGAAAGUGACACAAAUGAAUUUAAACGCAAAAAAUUAACAAUAAAUGCAUAAUGGCAAAACUAAUCAUACCCCUUCAUUCCUUCCUCCCUGAUAUAUAUCUUUCUAAUUAUUCAUACAAAUGUGUAUACCCAAUUAUUACAUAUGGGGUUUUAUUCUACAUAUUACACUGCACUUGCUUUUUCUAAUAUGUGUAUCAUGAGCACCUUACAAAUGCAUAAAGGUCUCUCAAAUUUCUCAGUACACACAUACAGUCUAACAUUAAUGAGAAGAUAUUUUGGUGGGAAGUUUGCUUUAAAUAAAUGGGAUCAUGUACGUUCUCUGCAUCUCACGUUUCUCAUUUAACAAUAUAUGAUGAGAAUUUCUCUAUCAUAGCUCUUAUUUCCUUUUUAUUAUUACAAUAAACAUUCCUGUGUGUAUGUUUGUCACCAUGAUGGUUUUACGUCUGUGGAAUAGAUUACCUGGAGUAGGAUUGCUGAAUUGACGAAUAUGUAUAUUUAAAUUUUUAAAUAAAUAUUGACAGAUUGUUUCCAAAAGUGGCCAGAACAGUUUGUAUUUCCAUCAGUAAAUGUAUAAAAACACUUUUCUCUUAAUACUCAUGGCAAUAACUAUUUUAACAUUAAAAAAUACAUAGAAAAAAGAAAAAAAUCCUGGUGGAUGUAGUGAUUUUUCAGUGUUAUUUUAAUUUCCAUUUUCUUGACUACUGUAAAUGUAGACAUCUUUUCAAAUGUUUUGGUCAUCUGGAUUGCACUCAUAACUGAAUUAUCUAUUCAAAGUUCUGUAGGUUAGAACUCCAAGGAAACUCAACUGGGCUCUCUGUUCAAGGCCCAACAAGGCUAAAAUGAAAGUGUCUUCCAGGGUGGGUACUUAACUAAAGCUCUGAGGAGGAAUUCACUUCCAGCCUCAUUAAAGUCAGAGGAUGGAGGUCCCUGUCUCCUAGCUGACUAUCAAAUCUGAUCUUUAGAGUUUGCUCCGUGGUCCUUGCACGUGGUCCCUUCCAUCUUCAAAGCUUGCCAGGGUGCAUCAAAUUCUUUUUAUACUUUGACUCUACUUCUACCAGCCAGAGAAAACUCUGCUUUUAAAGGGCUCUUGUCACUAGUUUAAGCACACCCAUUUAUGUUAAGGUCAACUGAUUAGUAGCUUUAAUUACAUCUGCUACGUCCCUCUGCCCUGCAAUGUAGCAUCACCCAUGGAAGUAACAUGAGGGGCAGAGUUCAUGGGGGCCAUCUUAGAAUUCUGCCUUCCACAAAUAUUCAUAGUUUUACCUUUAUAUACAUUUUUAAAUUUUUAAUCUUAUUUUUGGUCCAUAUGUUUCUACCGUUUGUCUUUUUAGUUAACUAGUUUGUAAAGGCAUUUUGUAUAUUGUACAAUAUAUAUGUUCAGAUUUUCUUCUCUUGGAUGCAAACAUUUUUUUCCAACACUUGUAAGUUGUCUAUUGACCACAUUCAUAAGUGCUUUUUCCAAAUAAAACUUUGCCAUUUGAAUUUCACUUGAGUGAAUUGCAUAUUUGCAUUUAAAAUGUUUAUUUUGUCAUUCAUUUUCAUUAAAAUUUUGCCCGUGUUUCCACUGUGUUUUUUGAAAUUUGCAGGUGCUCUGUUUAUACUACAUGUAAACCCUUUUUCUUACUAUUUGCCAGUGUUUUUCUCCAAAACUAUAUUAUUUUUGUUGACCAUGUUUAUAAUACCUUUUCUCAUUUAAAACUUUAUAUUAGGGCUGGGCAGGGUGGCUCACACCUGUAAUUUCAGCACUUUGGGAGGCUGAGGCAGGAGUAUCACUUGAGCCCAGGAGUUUGAGACCGGCCUGGGCAACAUAGUGAGACCUCGUCUCUACAUAGAAUUUUUAAAAUACCAGCUAAGCUUGGUGGCACACGCCCAUAAUCCCAGUUACCCCGCGGAAGCUGAGGUAGGAGAAUCGCUUGAGCCCAGCAGGUGGAGUCAAGAUCGCUCCACUGCACUCUAGCCUGGGCGACAGUGAGACCAUGUCCCAAAAAAACAAAAAAACCUGAAAAACUUUUUACUAGUAGGUCUUCAAGUAUACUUAAUAUAUAAAAUAUAGGCAUUUGUGACUAUAAACUUUUGGAAGUAUUCUGUAUUGAUUAAGAAGGUUUCCAUUCCUGGGUGGCAUGUAUAGGCCACUAGAAUGGCUUCUACAUUUUUUGUUUUUUGGUUUUGGUUUUCUACAUUUAUGUCUUUACUCCAUUUGUAUUUGUGUGUGUGUGUAGAAUGCAAACAGUCAAACUAAAUUUUCUUCCAAGUGGGUUGCCAGUGUAGCACUCUAUUAAAAUAAACAAACUACCUUUCCCAAUGAAUUGAAACACCAGCAUUGUCAUAUAUUAAAUUUAUAUAUUUAAUGAGGUUUAUUUCUCAAUAUGCCAUGCUGUUUCACUUACAAUUCUCCUUUCAUAUGACAAUAUCAUAUGGAUUCAGUUACUGGUGGCCUUAUAAUAUGGUCAGGAGAGCUUUUCCCCUUCCCAAGCCCUUGCCCACUGUUCUUUUUACUGCCUUUGUUGGCUAUCCUCAGCAUUUGAAGUUUGUGAUAAUUUAAUCCAAUUGAAUCCAAUUAGGAGUUAAAAUUACAUUAAAUUUACAUAUUAAUUUGGGGAAGUUUGACCCACGAUACUGUCUUCCCAUCUAAGAACAUCAUACCAUUUUCUGUUUGGAUCUUAUUUAUAUCUUUAGUAAGAUUUGAGAGUUUAAGUUAUUUGCCUUUAAAAAUUUUAAGUAUGUUCUUAUUUUGGUCACUAUUGUGACCAUUUUCAUUUGUAAGAGCUUCUUACAAAUAAAGAGAGGGGCCACGUGCAUGGCUCAUGCCUGUAAUCCCAGCACUUUGGGAGGCUGAGGUGGGAGGAUUGCUUGAGCCCAGGAGUUCCAGACCAGCCUGGGCAAAAUAGCAAAACCCCGUCUCUUGAAAAAUAAUAAUAAUAAUUAAUAAAAUACAUUUUAAAAUACACAGAGAAAAUCUGUUUUUGUAUGCUUAUAUACAACAAACAUUGUGUAUGCUUACUAAAUCUCAUGAAUUCUAGCAGUUUUUCACUAGAGUCUCGAGAUUUUUAGAAAUACAAUUGGGACAUUCACAAAAAUAAUUUGAUCUUGUCUUUUUCAAUGUUUGACAGAUUCUUUUCUGAAAUUUUUGUUGUCUAGAAACUCCAAUAUGGUGUUGAGUCGUAAUGGUAAAAGUAGGCCUCCCUGUUAUUAACUUUGGUGGAAAUGGUUUUGGUAUUUGGUUAUUUAGAGUAUUUUACUUGUUAUUUGGUAAUCUCUAUUUUAUUUAAAUAGGUUCUUUCCUGUUUUGCCAGGAGAUCUUAUUUUAAGAAUGGCUGCUGAAUUUCAUCAAGUGCCUUCCUAGCAUCUUUUGAUGUGAUCAUGAGUUAAUCUUCUUUAAGCUGUUGACUAACUGGAUUGUGUGUAUGAAGUUGACAUUAAAACAUGCUUGCCUCCUUGAAAUAAAGCCUAUUUGGUCAUAAUA